UUUCUUUCCUUUUUGGGUUUAAUUGCGGUGGCACUGACAGGGGCAAUCUGCAGCAGGACAACCAUGAAACCGUGUUCAGAAGGUGCCCUACCCCGUUGCGAAUGGGCCAACCACUAAAACAUGACCAGUGAACGAGACAAGGGCAAUCUAUUCUGCCUUAGAGAACCCCAGAUAAUGUCUUCACUGCGUUGUACGAAAUGUUCAUGGUCAUUAACUUUACUCCAGACAUCGUUCCACGGGGUGAUGCUGAUUUGGAAUGAGGUGGUAGGGGGGUCUUCCUCUAGGCGACAUGGCAGAUCAGGGUAUCGCGCAUCCCCCGCAAGUUCUGUUCGAUCGAAGCGUCGAAUAGUCUUUUCAAGUCUGGAUAGACUGUCAACGCCCCCACCACUGACGAGGGAAGGCAAAGUUCGGUCGAUUGAUAUGCCCUCACCGUGACAUCACCGUUUCUGAAGCCGAAGUAUAUAGCACAACAACAAGAUGUGCGAUGAAGCCAAAUACAGCAAGACACGUCAUGAAUUCGCGCCAAGUUAUGAGUUUUGAUAUCCCUACCGUCGCCGAAAUCCAGCUCGCUGCCGAGCGGGGGCAGCGCAUCACCCAGGAUGAUGUUUCGGCAAUCUCGCAGGCCGAGAGCGCGUUGACUGGACGCGGACCUUCUCGGGGUGGACCAGCUGCAACGGCCCAGAGUCUUUCUAUGCGGCAAAUGAAUUUCGAAAAUAAGGUCGCAGAAGUAUCGCGGAAGCCAUCAAGCGCAAUCUCGCUGGAAGAUGCUGAGGAAAUUCAAGCUACAGAGGUCAGGGAAUCCCCGUUAAAAGUUCAGCAGUGUCAAAUAAAAUCACUAACGCGAGGGACGUGCAUUCAACCAACCCCCGGAGUCGGCUACAUCUCCGCCCAGGUUCGGUCGAUCGCCGACAGUAACGAUGCUUUGGGGCUUACAGCUGCGGCUGAUGUGCCUGCAUACAUCACCAAGGAUGAUGCCCGUGACGCACAACAUGCCGAGGCUACUGUUUAUGGCGGUCAGAAUCCUAGGGGAGGAAUGGCCGCUCAGAUGCAGAGUGCAGCAGACAAGAUCGACAAUGCCCGACGAGGCAGUUAUGGCAGCUUUUAACAUUUGAUACUGUCGUGUAAAGUAGCCAUACCGCACAUAACAUAUAUAUAUUUUCCAUCAAC